AUGUGCUCUACCAAUGAUUCACAGAUGACCAUGGUGGAGGAAGAGGAGAAACCAUUGUACGAAGAGAUUGAUCCAGACUUCGAAGAUGAGAAUGGCGCCCUGAAAACGGACAACCCCAAGAAUAAUCGGUGGCAGAGGAACUUCGUCCAUGUCGAGGACAAGAUGUCCAAGUUCCGCAAGACAGUGCAAACGGUGCUGGUGGUUCACGGGUGGAAAACACCAGAGAGGACGGAGCCAAUGUCACUUAUCAUUCUGUCUGUAAAGCUCGACUGCCAGAAAAGGAACUUCCGCUUUCAGUCAGCGCGCAUGUGGCUCUCCUUUGGCGAAGACUGCGGCGCAACCCCGCCUGAUGGGGAAGCCGCGCCUGAAGUCCUCGCGUACGCGCCGUUCGUGGCAUCGCAGAACUGGAACCUGUCCGAUGAGAACAUUGAGAAUACUACUGCCACAGGAGCUACAUUGGGGGCUGAUCAGUACGUCCAUGCUAACUUGGAGCUCAAGAAGGAGGUCAAGCGGACAUCCACACGCACCUACUUCGAUCGCGGAUCGGCCGACUUUAUGGUGGAGGAGGAUCGAAGCCAUGGCGUUGUUUGGUACCUCGAACAGAAUGAAUUGCAGAAGUACGGUGUCAGGCCCGAAUUCCAUCUAGCUGUUCUGGUCAAGCGACAGCACGAUAAAGAUGGCAAACCUAUCCCCUUUAGCGGCAUGUUCGAUAUGCGCGUCGAAGCGGGCUUUAUCCACGACUUCGAGGACGCGCGGCGCCGCUUCUUCAGAGGCGGGAAGCCCGAAGACGAGGCCGUCUACUACGAUCCUAACAUGGAAGUUCAGACAGGCGGACGGAACAAUGCUGGUGAGAAGCUUAAGUCCAGGGUGAAGGAGGACAAUCUUGGCGAGCUAAUCGGAGGUCCGGACGGAAACUGGCUGAGCGCACUGAUAGACCCAACGGGGGAUUUAUCCGAAUUGGUGCCCAUGAAGCCGACGUAG